CACACACAGGCGCACACGCACACAGAGUGCUCGGCUCGUGUGUCUGGGCGUGCGGGAGAGAGAGUCUCUCCGCUCGUAUACGACUUCAGCUGUCAGAGGGACUCGGGGCUCGCGGGGAGAACGACCCAGAGAGAGAGACCGAGAGAGAGAGAGAGAGAGAGAGAAGGAGAGACGGAGACGGAGAGAGUGAGGGAGCGUGUGAGCAUGUGUGCGGUCAGAAGAAGGAAACCAUGGAUGACUACAAAAGGGCGGUGAAAGCAGGACACUGUGUUGCGCUGAAGAGGGAGCCCAGGUAACAGGGUGUGUUGCUCUCGCAGAUAUCUAACAACACGGAGACUUUCCCCGAGAUCUUUAACACUGCUUCGCAUUGUCGCCGGCUUGUGUGUGAAGCAUGCGGAUUGCAAGCUCCCCCCCCCCCCCGCCCCCCCCCGGCUGGAAAUAACCCUCUCUGCCGCUGCUCCUCCUGAGAGGUGUCACUGAAGGAAAAUGUGAUUAUCUGAGAAACGGGAUCUGAUUUGUGAUUUGGCGGAGGACGGUUAUGAGAGAGACGAACGGGGAGAAUCGCCCGCACUGCUUGAGUGAGCGCCCCGGACGAGGACGCCGAUAUUGUUCCCGACGCGACUUUUAUUACACUUUUUCUUUUUUUGGAUGUAAACGUUCGAGCGGCUAUGGGAACCGGGUUUAGCCGGAGGAAGCCAGGGUCGCGCGAAAGGAAGGGGCCAGGAGCGCGUUAGGGCUCCCGAAAACUCCUGCCCGCGAAGGAAGGAGGUAACAAGUGAGAGCGAUAGUGUGUGGGAGAGAGAGAGAGAGAGAGAGAGAGAGAACAGAGACAGCGGGAAAUAUGAGCUGGCCGACGAACUGUGCGUUUCUCGGCCCUGCCGACCGGGCGUUCACGGUGCGGAACGGGAACAUCUGCGGAUCGCCGUGCGCCGUCAACCGGCCCAUCGACAUCGUCCAGAAACGCCGGCGUUUUGACGUUGAGAAUGGGCUGUCCGUGGGUCGCAGCCCCCUGGACCCCCAGGCGAGCCCGGGAUCCGGCCUGGUGCUCCAGGCCAACUUCCCGCACAGCCAGCGCCGGGAGUCCUUCCUGUACCGGUCCGACUCGGACUUCGACCUCUCGCCCAAGGCGAUGUCCAGGAACUCCUCGACCGCCAGUGAGCUGGAAGAGGGCUUGAAGCACUGGGAAGUCAACUGGCUGUCUCGACACGGAGAAGACAUGAUUGUGACGCCAUUUGCACAGGUCCUCGCCAGUCUGCGGACGGUGAGGAGCAACUUUGCGGUUCUGACUCACCUACAGGAUCGCGUCACCGGCAAGAGAACUCCCGGGAGUAACCCUCAGUCCAUGUGCAAGCCGAGCCUCCCAGAGGAGACCUACCAGAAGCUGGCCAUCGAGACGCUGGAGGAGCUGGACUGGUGUCUGGACCAGCUGGAGACGCUGCAGACGCGACACUCUGUCAGCGAGAUGGCCUCCAACAAGUUUAAGAGGAUGCUGAACCGGGAGCUCACCCAGCUGUCAGAAACCAGUCGGUCGGGGAACCAGGUGUCAGAGUUCAUCGCCAACACCUUCUUAGAGAAGCAGCAAGAUGUGGAGAUCAUGUCCCAGCCCCCCAAGGAGAAGGAUAAGAAGAAGAGGCCCAUGUCCCAGAUCAGCGGGGUGAAGAAGCUGGCCCACAGUCCCAGCCUCGCCCCCAGCAGCAUCCCCCGAUUCGGGGUCACCACCGACCAGGAGGGGCCGCUGACCAAGGAGUUUGAAGAACUCAAUCGAUGGGGCCUUGACAUUUUCAAGAUAUCAGAAUAUUCGGGGAACCGCCCGUUGACGGUCGUCAUGUACUCCAUUUUUCAGGAGAGAGACCUGCUGAAGUCGUUUAAGAUCCCCCCGGACACGUUCAUCACCUUCAUGAUGACCCUGGAGGACCACUACCACGCUGACGUGGCCUACCACAACAACAUCCACGCGGCAGAUGUGGUGCAGUCCACCCACGUGCUCCUGUCCACCCCGGCCCUGGAGGCUGUCUUCACUGACCUGGAGAUCUUGGCAGCCCUGUUCGCCAGUGCCAUACACGAUGUGGACCACCCGGGGGUCUCAAACCAGUUCCUCAUCAACACCAACUCUGAGCUGGCUCUGAUGUACAACGACUCCUCGGUGCUGGAGAACCACCACCUGGCCGUGGGCUUCAAGCUGCUGCAGGAGGAGAACUGCGACAUCUUCCAGAACCUCGGCAAGAAGCAGAGGCAGUCUCUGCGCAAGAUGGUCAUCGACAUGGUUUUGGCCACAGACAUGUCCAAACACAUGAACCUGCUGGCCGACCUGAAGACCAUGGUGGAGACAAAGAAGGUCACCAGUCUAGGGGUUCUGCUGCUGGACAACUACUCCGACCGCAUCCAGGUCCUCCAGAACAUGGUGCACUGUGCUGAUCUGAGCAACCCCACCAAGCCUCUGGAGAUCUACCGGCAGUGGACCGACCGCAUCAUGGGCGAGUUCUUCACCCAAGGAGACCGCGAGAGGGACAAGGGGAUGGAGAUUAGCCCCAUGUGUGACAAGCACAACGCCUCCAUAGAGAAGACCCAGGUUGGAUUCAUUGACUACAUCGUCCACCCGCUGUGGGAGACCUGGGCGGACCUGGUGCACCCGGACGCCCAAGAGAUCCUGGACACCCUGGAGGACAACCGGGAGUGGUACCAGAGCAUGAUCCCCCACAGCCCGUCCCCCACGCCCGAGGACCGCGACACGGAGGGCGGAGCGGGGGGAGUGGGCCUGGGAGGGCCCAGCGGCCUGUCGGGGGGAGACAAGUUCCAGUUCGAGCUGACCCUGGAGGAAGAGGAGGGCGAGUCGGACACCGAGAGUCCCGCGGAGGACGAGCAGCUGACGCCCGGGCCGGGGGAGAGCUCCAGGACUCCCGCGGAAGGCCCGGCCGGAGCCGCGGCCCCCCGCCCGGUGCACACCCUGAGCCUGGCAGGCAUGGUGGUACACAGCCCCCUCCACAGGACGUUACCCUCGGAGGCAGAGGGAGGCCCGGAGAGCGAGGCUGAGGACAAGGAACCCGUCCCAGACGGGGACAGCGUGACGUUUUUACCGCAAGGCACAUAACACCGGACUCACACCCCCUGUCUGUGUGUGUGUCUGUGUGUGUUUCUCACCCCCUCUCCGUCCCCUCCGGUGUGUGUGUGUGUGUACACGUGUGUGUGUGUGUAUGUCUGCGUGUGUGUGGGUGUGUACACGUGUGUGUCUGUACAUGUGUGUGAGCGUGUGUGUGUAUGUACACGUGUGAGCAUGUGUGUGUGUGUGUGUGUGUGUGUGUGUCUGUACACGUGUGUGAGCGUGUGUGUGUGCAUGUGUGUGUGUGUGUGUGCGGGCUGAGUGGUAGCACAGAGCAGCAGUGGUGGGGAGGGUGUGCUUCCAGUCUGAACUCAGACUACUGUCGCCUUACACUGGAGAUGCCUCUGACAUAAGCCCACAAGUUUUGUUUUGUUUUUGAUCUUGUAGAACAAGAAUGAAUGCUUUAGUUUGAGGUUUUUUUUGGCACUUACGCCCGUGUUUCCCCCCCAUGUUGUCCAUGUUGUCGUUGGGUUAAGUGUCUCAGACACCGACUGCUGUAUUUGGCUGUGGGACUGCGCAGUUCCCGAACGCAGCCGCACGUAAAGAACGGCCACGCUAAGGUCUACUGACGGAGCGAGGAAUUCUACUGAAACGGUCUUCCUUUGAGUGACUCUGUAACAAUGCUCAGCUGGAGAAGAGGAUGAGAUAUUCACUUUACAGGGUCCUGGAACUUUUGUACCAAAACUGUUAAUUGAAGAAAUGUAUUGACUUAAAAAAAAUGAAUUCACUAUUUUAUUUUCUUUGUUUAGUAUCUUAAAAAAAAACAAUUUUAGAGUUUGAUCUGUAAACUGUGGCGGCAGUUUCACCAAAUAUGUACCUGAUUAGUGAGAAGAACCGUGAUAUUAACCUCAGGGGAUGAAAGAAUAAUGUAGCAAGGACUUGGGUACCCCCAUAGUGAGGCUGUCUCUCGGGUCUUCACUUCUUUACAAGGCUCUGUGAGUUUUGAAAAAGGCUUGGAUUUUGAGGUUUAAUUAUUUCUGUGCGUCUGGCGCCCUCCGCAGUACCAUUGUUGAACUUCACCCAUAGCGAACUAUUGGGAACUAAGGCAAUUAGAAAUGGUAAUCAACAUAGCUGGGUGCUGGAUAUAUAUAUAUAUAUAUAUAUAUAUAUAUAUAUAUAUAUAUAUAUAUAUAGAUAGAUAGAAUGGGGACUCAAUAGUUGAAAUAUUAUGACAUUCAUAGUAUUUCCCCAAAUAUUUAUGGUCUGCUGUGGUCCAGGUUCAGGGGUACCCAAAACAAAUAAUUUUUAGAUUUAGAAACACCACUUACACUCAUUUUUGUAUUAUUUCUAUGUGACACCUUCUCAGUUUCUUGUCAGAUUUUUAAUUUGAUUUGAUUUUGAUUUGAAUUUCAUUGUAUUAUGGUUAUUAUUUUUAUGUCCGCACAUUAUUUGCGUGUUCUUGACCUGUCGACAUGUUAUCAGGCUGCCUCCACUUCAGCACUUUACCACCGUCUUUCAAAGGGCUUCAGCCAACCACGUUCAUCCAGCCACGUUCAUCCGACCCCAGCCACGUUCAUCCAGCUAUGCCAUGUUUAUCCAACCACGUUCACCCAGCCAAGUUCAUCCAGUCCCAGCCACGUUCAGCCAACCACGUUCAUCCAGCCAUGUUCAUCCAACCACGUUCAUCCAGCCAUGUUCAGCCAACCAUGUUCAUCCAGCCAUGUUCAUCCAGUCCCAGCCAUGUUCAGCCAACCACGUUCAUCCAGCCAUGUUCAUCCAGUCCCAGCCGUGUUCAUCCUGCUACGCCACGUUCAUCCAACCACGUUCAUCCAGACGUUCAUCCAACCACGUUCAUCCACCGGCCCCCUGACUGAGUCCCAGUCAACCUGCUGUAAUUCACCCACAACCUGACUGUGUUCAGAUUCACUGUGUGCAGUGUGUUGAGCCACAAGACAACCUCUGUGCCAGACCAUUUUGUUUUUUUUCUGUCAGCAUUAUCGAUUGCCAUCCAGCUCUUCGCUGGGACACGGCCAACGACAGUGUGAAGUGCCAAACAAGCGUGAUGUAACCUACUGUCAUUUCCAUUGGCCACAGGCUAAUUUCCAUUGAUGGCUACAUUUUAUUAUUGCAUCCCUAUUUAGUCCACACACACACACACACACACACACACCAGAUGUGCACUUGCAGACACACACACACACACACACACAUAAACAUGCACUUUUUCAAAGUGCACGCAAAUGCGCACACUCUCUAAAAAGCACAUGAUUGAAAUAUUUAUAGAAUGGAGUGUGUGUCAGUCAUGUUGGUCAUCUACGCCGACGGAAAGAGUUGUAGUGAACACUGUGAGCUACUGUUUAACGGCAGAUAAUGCUAACAAACCCAAAUCGUGAUUUCACAUGUUUAGUUAAAAACUAAACAUUAAAUUAUUUUAAAUAAUAACGAUCAAGUACAUUUUUCAAACAGGUUUAAGGCGGUGACAGUGUGGCUUGGUGUCAUGACUUCGGCUUCAAAGCCCGUUUGCGGACACCCGGUCACCGAACGCCGCCGUUAACACUAAACCUUCGCUUUACAGUACAUGUGUAUAUUUCCCCCUCAGUAUUCUCAUAGUCGUUACAGCUUCUGUAUCAUUUCCAUUUCAGGCAGAGAUAGGGCAGGACUAUCUAAAGGAAGGAUUUACAUGUACACUACAUUCAAUUAUUAAUGUAAAUACCGCAUAAUACGUGUUGUAUUUAUUCACGAUAUCUGUUGUAUUUAUUCACAAUUAGAGCCGCGGUGGCAACUGAUUUUUUAAAUCUCCUGAACAAGUACAUAAAAUGUACAUUUGCCUGUCUGCAUGCACAGCAGUAUUCCAUCCAGUCAGCUGUUCUGUAAUGAAUACUCAAACAUCUGAAAUUUCAGAGCCUUAAAUUUCAUUGAAGAGUAACUUGACCCUUUACAAGCAGGGGUCACCGACCCUGUUCCUGGAGAUCUACUGUCCCGUAGGUUUUCACUCCAACCCUGACAAAGCACACCUCAUUCAACAGCUUCAGAUCUCAUGGAGCUGCUAAUUAGUAGAAUCAGGUGUACCAAAUUAGGGUUGAAGUGAACACCUUCAGGAUGGUAGAUCUCCAGGAACAGAGUUGGUCAGCCCUGCCCUAGCUGUUGAAUGAGGUGCGCUUUCUUAGGUGAAAACCUUCUGGAGGGUAAAUCUCCAGGAACAGGGCUGGGGGGCCCUGCUUUAGAGGGUACAGACUGCAGGAUCCCCAGUGCCAUACACACACAUGUGUUAGUGCUGACAGUCCAGCCUACAGGCAAGUGUGUCUGUGUGCGUGUGUGUGUGUGUCUGUGUGUGUGUUUCAUCCACUCAGCUUUGGAGCAGUGCCAUGCCAUACUAUGCCAUUCAUUUAAUUUGUUCUUUUGUUCAUUUUGUUUUUUUCUUUCUUCUUAUUUUACAUUGUGUAAUAUUUGCUAUUUAUUCUUUGUGCGUAUCUGUCAGAAAUGAAGUACUGUACAAGGACUUAAUUUUUGUUGUUGUUUUUGUUUGUGUCUUGGAGCCUAAGAAUUCAAGUGUACCUUCCAAGAAAAGAAACUGAACAUAUUUUAACCACUCCGACAUUGUUUAUUUGUUCCAUUUUUGUUUACCAUUGAAGAAGCCAAAAAGACUCCAUAAUUCAGGUUGUACUAGAGACAGAAAUACUAAUAAAUAAUAUAGGAACUUGU